AUGCAGGGUACCUUGCUCUGCUUCCUGCCUGCUUGCCUUACCUCAGUGCUCAGGUCCACCAUACUUCCUGCCUUGGACGUCAUUGCAAAGAAACGACUUCACCUCAACCUCCCGAUUCUGGGACGCCAAAGGAACCUCGUAGCCAGACCAGCCAUUCCCAUCAUGGCGGACUCCACGUACAUCAAACCUGAGCCAUACAUCAAGCCCGAUCCUGAAGCUGUGACAGCUUCUCCCCUCGACGACGACGACCUGUACGAAGAUGCCGGCGAUCUUGAGUUUUUCGACCAAUACAGCGACCAGGGAUCCUUUGGCCAAGCAUAUUUAGCCCGAGUACCCAAGGACUUGUGGGAGGCAUGGGACAGCUUGCCAGAUGACGCCGAAAUCGAGGUUGGCACUAUGCGACAGUGGGACGUUGUGCGCCCAGAUGGCAGCGUAGAGCACCGCUUCAAAAUGCUUCUUAACUCCGACCGAGCCGAGCACCAGCUCAUGCCCAAGGAAUACGAUUUGGAGAUGGGCAAGGAGCUUGCGCGCAGCACGUUCGUCUUCACCGAAGAGGACCUGCCCGGCUUCAAGGCGAAGUCGAAGGCGAGAACCGAUGCGGCAAAUGCUGGUAUUCCGGCCCGGUUCCUGCGGCCCAAGGCCGACAAAGUGGAAAAGAAACCGUUUGAGAAGGGUCGUCGUUGGCAGCCCUACUACCGCAAGGCAAUUCCCAAGAAGACGAAGAUCGCCGCGCGGAUCCAAUACGAGCUAGCUUGCAAGCCUGUCGACAAUGCCGAGAGUCAAGCAAUUCUGCAGCGGAAGCAAGUUGAGGCCCAGCGGCCGAAGCAUACACUUCAGAUUAUGGAGCAGCGCGCAGCCAACAGCAUUAUCCACCAUGGGUCUGCUGCCGCCGUGGAGAAGUUUGGCUCUUUCAUUAAAACGUCUGCGCCCACAAAGGCCACGAAGCCCAAAAAGGCCGAGAACAGAGCUGCCCGUAUGUCGGAGGAACAGCUUCUCGAUGGCCUCAUGGAGGCUUUCAGGAGGUACGAGUACUGGAAAAUGUCCAUUCUCAAGGCCAGAUUCGAUCAGCCAGAGGCUUUCUUGCGCCAGACUUUGGAGAAGAUCGCAGUUCUCAACCGAUCCGGCAUUCACGCCAACGAGUGGUCGCUACAGGAACACCUCAAGAGUAUGGCCUCCGGCGCGACCAGCGAGACCGCCCCAGAGGAGGCUGCCGCCGACGACGACGAUGACGACGAAGUGGUUAUGGAGGACGUUGUGUAA